AUCUUCAACAAUUUUUUUUUCUUAAGUUUUUUUUGGCUGUUUUCAUAACAGUCGAAUAUUUGCAUAUGCGUCUGGCCGUAACAUGUUUGUCGUGGCGACAGCGCGACAACAACCUGGCUAACACGCACCGGCCACAUGAUACGGCUGAUGAUCUCCCCCGAACUAGAUCAGCGCCUCGGGUCGGGGUAUAAAAGCCGCGCGCCAAAGCCGCUUUCAAAACACAAACCCAAGAGCAAGCAACGUGGCUAAGACUAACAGCCAGAAGUAUCAUUUUUUGUGAGAAUAUAACUUUUUCGUAAACGUGCCAAAUCAAAUGUGUCAAUGAGGACACCGGACUCCAAAGCGAAGCUUUUAAAUAAUUUAAGCCUCUCAAAGCAUCUAUCCUCCAAAAAGGGUUCGCGCACCAGCAACUGCGGCAAUCGCCUGGAAUUCUUCGUGCUCACGCAUCUGACCAACGUGCCCUGACUUGUUCAAGUCGCGACUGUACAC